AUGCUUCUUUCACCUGAACAAUUUGCUAGAUUAAUUGAAUAUGCUAGUUAUUCAAGCCACAAACUACUUGAUAUGUUGACUGAAUUUUCUCACCCUGAAGGAAUGUUUUAUCGAUAUUUAUCGCCGGAUUUGCAAACUAUUGAUUUUGAGGGUUUCAAUUCCUUCAUAAAUUGUUAUUUUGGAGCAGAAUUACCAGCAGAUUUAAUCCAACAAUUAUUUUUGUCUUUUUGUCCAUCAACACAAGAAUUACCUCAAAGAAGAAGUUCAAUAAUUGAAGAAACUGUAAAAGGAGUUAAAAAUAUUUUUAGAAAAGAAUCAACAAAUUUAUUAAAAAAAGAGAAUAAUCGAAAAGAAUCUUCUAUCAAAAAUUUAUCAAAACAAUCGGUUAGUGGGCUUUUUAAUGGAAUUAUUGAUUUAAAUAAAGAACAACAACAACAAAUACUUCAACAACAACAACAGAGUUUAUCCCCAGUCCCGGAUUUAGAAGAAAGAAGAAUACCUUUAAAACCGUUAGUUUGUUAUUUGAGUUUAUUGGAAGGAGCGCCUCCUGAAGAUAAAUUAGAAUUUGUUUUUCAUGUCUACGAUAAUGAUGGUAAUGGUUAUCUUGAUCAUAAGGAAGUUGAAUCAAUUAUUGAACAGAUGAUGAACGUUGCAAGAUAUCAACAAUGGGAUACAAUUGAAUUAGAACCGAUUCUUCGUCAAAUGAUGCAAGAAAUUGAUUAUGACAAUGAUGGAAUUGUUUCGUUAGAAGAGUGGAAACGUGGGGGAUUAACUACUAUUCCUUUACUUGUUUUGCUUGGAUUUGACACGGAAAUUAAAGAAGACGGAUUUCAUAUUUGGCGACUUCGACAUUUUAGCAAACGUGAGUUUUUUUUAACUUUUUGGAUGAUUGGGAAAUAG